AUGAGUUUCUACACUUCCCACUCACAUGUGCACUCUGGUCCUACAAUACUUCGGUCAGACUCGAGUCAUGGCGUGCUAAAUAUGAAUCAACACCAACAUCACCAAGAAGACUCAAAAGAUAGCCUCAUAGUACAACAACAAGUACAACAUCAACAAGAGCUGCUGGAACAGCACCAACAGCAACAGGAUUUGCAACAAGAUGAUGAGUUGAGCUUCAAAGGGAUGGAUGAUGAAGGUGUUGAAAUGGACAUGGAUGGUCGACAGUGUUCUCAGGGCAUGGGAGUUGACUUAGAUUCAGUCCAAACUAAAAUGGAGGUGACCAAUGGAGGCCAAGUAGUACCGAGAUCAAAACCCCAAGCAUGUAAGGUUUGUGGCAAAGUUUUAUCAUCAGCAUCGUCAUAUUACGUCCACAUGAAGUUACACUCCGGAAAUAAGCCCUUUCAGUGUACGGUUUGUGACGCGGCCUUUUGUCGUAAGCCGUACUUAGAAGUGCACAUGCGAACGCACACCGGCGAGAGACCGUUCCAAUGCGACCUCUGCCUGAAGCGGUUCACCCAGAAGUCCAGUCUCAAUACGCACAAACGAGUCCACACCGAUGAGCACAUGCGCGCGUUGAUGGUGAAGGAGCGGCCCUACAAGUGCGAACUCUGUCAGAUGCGCUUCACGCAGAGCUCCAGCCUCAACCGCCACAAGAAAAUACACACGGAGGAACACAAACGCGCGCUGCUGUCUAAGGAACGCCCCUACCAGUGCGGCAUCUGCUAUGUGCGAUUCACCCAGAAAUCGAGUUUGGGCCGGCACGGAAAAAUACAUACCGAGGAGCACAGACGAGCCCUGUUAGAGAAAGUGCGGCCGUACCAGUGCCACAUCUGUUUUAUCCGCUUCACUCAGAAGUCCAGCCUCGGCCGACAUGGAAAGAUACAUACUGAGGAGCACAUCCAAUCGCUGAUCAACAAAGUGCGCCCCUAUCAGUGCGACAUCUGUGACAAGCGGUUCACGCAGAAGUCCAGCCUUGGCACUCAUAAACGUAUACACACCGGCGAGCGGCCGUUCCAGUGCACCGUCUGCCUCAAGUCCUUCACGCAGAAGUGCGCGCUCAAUUUGCACGAAAAAAUACAUACGGUCCAGGGCAGACCGUUCCAGUGCCUGUCGUGCCCCGCCGCCUUCACCUGCAAGCAAUACCUGGAGAUACACACGCGCACGCACACCGGCGAGCGGCCGUAUCAGUGCGACAUCUGCCUGAAGCGCUUCACGCAGAAGUCCAGUCUCAACAUCCACAAACGGACGCACUCAGUGCAGGGCCGGCCCUUCCAGUGCCUGCAGUGCCCAGCCGCCUUCACCUGCAAGCAAUACCUGGAGAUACACAACCGCACGCACACCGGCGAGCGGCCCUACCAGUGCGACGUGUGCCUCAAGAGAUUCGCUCAAAAGUCUACACUUAAUAUACACAAACGAACGCACACAGUGCAAGGGCGGCCGUAUCAGUGCAUGGAGUGCCCGGCGGCGUUCACUUGCAAGCCGUACCUGGAGAUACACAUGCGCACGCACACCGGCGAGCGGCCCUUCGAGUGCGAUGUCUGUUACAAACGCUUCACGCAGAAAUCGACACUCAACAUUCACAGGCGAAUUCACACCGGUGAACGUCCAUAUGCAUGUGAUAUUUGUCAAAAACGGUUUGCAGUGAAAAGUUAUGUAACAGCACAUAGAUGGUCGCACGUGGCCGACAAGCCGCUGAACUGCGAGCGCUGCUCCAUGACGUUCACGUCCAAAUCGCAGUUCGCGCUGCACAUCCGCACGCACUCCGCCUCCUCCUGCUACGAGUGCAGCGUCUGCGGACGCACCUUCGUGCGCGACAGCUAUCUCAUACGACACCACAAUCGUGUACAUCGAGAAAACCAUAGCAACAUGUCGGCAAAUAGCAUUGGCACGAUCAACAGCAUCGCUACCAAUACCAAUAACUCCAACAAUAGUAAUUUUGACUCACCAGGUGUUUGUGACUUAAGCUUUGUGCCGAUGGUAAAUCGCUACAUGACCUCACAGGGUACACAAGUAUCAAUGCAAGACUCGCAAAGCAAAAUGUCCGCCAUGUCGCCCCAAUCCAUCGCCUCAAUUUCAUCACCUCCCCCUCCACACACGCCGACGCCGCAGCCGCAGAUGUCUGGCCAGAUGCGUCUCACCGACUGA